ACUUCCUCGCACGUCCGCUCGCAGUUCGACCCGCACUCCCCUCGGCUUAAAGGCAGCUCGUCUCGGGCGAACGAUCCAACGAUACAAAACAACAAUAAAGAACAAUAGGAUGAUCGCUGCGGAGCCGCUGCGUUCGGCCAUGACGGCGGGCCGAGUGGAGGACACCUCGCUGGCCCUGCCUUCCGACACCAGGCUGCACAGCGGCGCACACCGGGUGCUGGAUCAAGUGCAGACCAUCAAGAGGAGCAAGUCUAAACACGGCAAGAAUGGCACGCCUGCAAGCCCCACUUCGCCGCCUUUGUCUCCACAGGGCGAGUUUGGAACGUUCCAGUUUUUGCCGUCCAAAGUCAAUGGCACAUUUGGUCGCAGCCUGUCCACCAAGACAACAGGCUUCAACAAAGCGCUGCAUGCCCAAAGGACCCGAUCUUUGUCCGCUAAAAGCUUGGGAAGAAGAAACUACAGCACCUCCGGUGGAUGGGAACAACAAAUCAAUGUUUCCAACUGGCCUCAAGUUCCCACUGAACUGCAACCAAGUCGCAGUGAUCCGGCAUUGGCUCCUCGACUCACCAUGAGAACCAAAGGACAGACUGUCCAGAGUCAGGUGAAAAGACACAGUACUUAUUCUAUCAACAAUGGGUACCAUACGGCGAGUGGCCAACAACGGGCUGCGGGACAACCGUCUGGCCAGUCUCAGGCAAUCAAAACGUUCACUGCUGAGCAGAAAUCAGCCGCUGUCAUUGCACCAAGCACAUCAGAUCUGACCAUUAAGGAAGCUGUAGAGUUUCUCUCAAACCCUGAGGAGAAGUUCCAGUUGUGUGGGGCCAGCAUGAUUCAGCAUAGCAGUUUUAAAGAAGACAGUGCCAAACAAGAGGUUCUUCAGCUUGGAGGCAUACCCCAUCUGGUGACUCUACUGCGUAGCCCCAACCCUGCUGUGAGUCAGGCUGCUGCCGGGGCCUUAAGGAAUCUGGUGUUCAAGAACCCAAGCAAUAAGCAGCAAGUUCAAAGCUGCGGCGGCAUAGCAAAAGCCCUGCAGUUACUGAAGGAGACAGAUUGUUCCGAGACACAGAAACAAAUUACAGGCCUGCUGUGGAACUUGUCCUCCGCUGACGAGCUAAAAAGAGAACUUAUAGCCACAGCACUCCCUGUAUUGACCGAGAAUGUUGUGGCGCCAUUCACCGGCUGGUCAGAUGAUAGCGCCACCAAAAUCAUACACCCGGAGGUGUUCUACAACACCACAGGGUGCCUGCGGAACCUGAGCUCUGCGCAGCUGGGACAGAGGACAGCCAUGAGAGACUGUCGUGGACUUAUUGACUCCCUGAUGUCUUACCUGGAGACUUGCGUGGAAAAAGACGAUCCAGAUGACAAGUCCGUGGAGAACUGUGCAUGUAUCCUCCACAAUUUGACCUACAAGCUGGAGACCGAGUCCCCAAAAUGCUUUGCCAAAUACAUCCCUUCAACAGACAGCCAAUAUGGCAAAAAAAAACAGACUGUUGGUUGCUUCAGCCCCAAAAGCAGUAAGGCUCAAAAGCAGUUUACAUUCGAUGCUCAUGAAGAACAGACUGGUGAAGUUGCAAAAGGCGCUAAGUUGUUGUGCGAUCCCAAAGCCAUGAAGACCUACUUGUCUCUACUCAGCACGUCCCAGAAAGAUGCCACUUUGGAAGCGUGCAGUGGCGCACUGCAGAACCUGACUGCCAGCAAAGAAAUAGGGUCCAGCGGCGUUGGUCAGAUUCUAGUCCAGCAGUUGAAUGCUCUGUCACACAUAACUCCUCUGUUAGAGUCACCCAACCAGAGCCUUCAGAAGACCGCCGUCUCUCUGCUGGGCAACAUGUGUCGGGGCAGCAACUUGCACACCUCCAUGGCCAAAGAUGUAUUACCAGAGCUCGCAGGCUUCCUCUCCGCUGGACCCCGGGAGCUUGGCAACUCUGAUGAAACCGUGGCGACAGCUUGCAACACAGUGCGGAAUCUGGUGAUGGCGGACCCGGAGGCCAGCAAGAAGUUUAUUGACGAGAAAUUGGUGACAACAUUGACUGACAUUAGCAAGAAUGCCUCUUUAACCAAAGGCAGCACAGCAGCCUCAGUCUUUCUCUACCAUCUAUGGAAUGACAAGAAUUUGCAGAACACUUUGAAAAAGAUGGGAAUGAGAAAAUUGUCAUUCAUCAACGAAAACACCACGAAUGCCUACAAGUCGGUGCAGAUUAUCGAGUGACGAGUGAGGGGGGAGCGGCGCCACCUUCGCCCACAGAUGGAAAUCAAGAAAGGAUAAUGUUGAGGCCGCGCCCUGGCAACACCGUGGGUAAAAUGAGCCCCUUGUUUGAAAGAGCUUUAGCAGUUAUGAAAUAUUUUUUUGCUGUACAUAUGAUGUUGAAAAAAACACCAUUAGUAAUCCUGCUGUGUUGUAUUUAAUUUGGAUGUGAUUGUGUUUAUACACUGGGAAGUGUGCUUUUUCGCUUGGUUAACCUGAGUGUGAGCAUCUUUAGGCCUCCGUUUAGUAGUAAAUAAAUGUGUUUAACAGAAGUUAUCCUCUCUGAAAUAAUACCACCCCAUACUUGAGGAUAUACCGUAUUUUUCGGAGUAUAAGUCGCUCCGGAGUAUAAGUUGCACCAGUCGCGCCAGCCGAAAAUGCAUAAUAAAGAAGGAAAAAAUAUAUAUAUAUAAAUCGCACUGGAGUAUAAGUCGCAUUUUUGGGGGAAAUUUAUUUGAUAAAACCCAACACCAAGAAUAGACAUCUGAAAGGCAAUUUAAAAUAAAUAAAGAAUAGUGAAGAACCGGCUGAAUAAGUGUACGUCAGGGGUCACCAACCUUCUUGAAACCAAGAGCUACUUCUGUGAAGGGCUACCAGUUUGAUACACACUUAAAUAAAUUGCCAUAAAUAGCCAAUUUGCUCAAUUUACCUUUAAUAAAUAAAUCUAUAUACCGGUAUAUAAAAAAAUGGGUAUUUCAGUCUGUCAUUCUGUCGUACAUUUUUUUUCCUUUUACGGAAGGUUUUUUGUAGACAAUAAAUGAUGAAAAAAACACUUAAUUGAACGAUUUAAAAGAGGAGAAAACACGAAAAAAAUUCAAAUAAAAUUUUGAAACAAAGUUUAUCUUCAAUUUUGACUCUUUAAAAUUCAAAAUUCAACCGGAAAAAAUUAAGACAAAAAGUAGCUAAUUAGAAUCUUUUUGAUAAAAUUAAAAAAAUAAUUUAUGGAACAUCAGUUGUAAUUUUUCCUGAUUAAGAUUCAUUUUAGAAUUUUGAUGACAUGUUUUGAAUAGGUUAAAAUCCAAUCUGCACUUUAUUAGAAUAUAUAACAAAUUGGACCAAGCUAUAUUUCUAACAAAGACAAAUCAUUAUUUCUUCUAGAUUUUCCACAACGAAAAUUUUAAAAGAAAUUCAAAAGACUUUGAAAUAAGAUUUAAAUUUGAUUCUACAGAUUUUGUUGAUUUGCCAGAAUAAUUUUUGGGAAUUUUGAUCAUAAUAAGUUUGAAGAAAUAUUUCACACAUAUUCUUUGUCGAAAAAACAGAAGCUAAAAUGAAGAAUUAAAUUAAAAUGUAUUUAUUAUUCUUCACAAUAAAAAAAAUAAACAUUGAACAUUGAUUUAAAUUGUCAGGAAAGAAGAGGAAGGAAUUUAAAAGGUAAAAAGGUAUAUGUAUUUAAAAAUCCUAAAAUCAUUUUUAAGAUUGUAUUUUUUCUCUAAAAUUGUCUUUCUGAAAGUUAUAAGAAACAAAGUAAAAAAAAAAAUGAAUUUAUUUAAACAAGUGAAGACCAAGUCUUUAAAAUAUUUUCUUGGAUUUUCAAAUUCUAUUUGAGUUUUGUCUCUCUUAGAAUUAAAAAUGUCGAGCAAAGCGAGACCAGCUUGCUAGUAAAUAAAUACAAUUUAAAAAAUAGAGGAAGCUCACUGGUAAGUGCUGGUAUUUGAGCUAUUUUUAGAACAGGCCAGCGGGCUACUCAUCUGGUCCUUACGGGCGACCUGGUGCCCGCGGGCACCGUGUUGGUGACCCCUGGUGUACGUUAUAUGACGCAUAAAUAACCAACUGAGAAGGUGCCUGGUAUGUUAACGUAACAUAUUAUGGUAAGAGUCAUUCAAAUAACUAUAACAUAUAGAACAUGCUAUACGUUUGCCAAAAAAUCUGUCACUUCUUAUUGCUAAAUCCCAUUAAUUCUUAUACGUCUAGUCUCUUACGUGAAUGAGCUAAAUAAAAUUAUUUGAUAUUUUAUAGUAACGUGUUAAUAAACUUCACACAUAAGUCGCUCCUGAGUAUAAGUCGCACCCCCGGCCAAACUAUUAAGAAAACUGCGACUUAUGGUCCGAAAAAUACGGUACAGUAUGUGGUAAGGAAACUAGAAAGACUAAAAAAUGUGUGUCUGUGUUCCUGUUGGAUGCCAUGUCAGAGGAGAGCUACAACUUUUAUUGUUAUUGCUAAACUUGAUGUUUUGGGGAAACUACUAUAGCCUGCCGUGAAUAUAAUAACAAAGAUCUCUUGUUAGAUAACAAGCCUAGCCUCGCUUAGCAUGAGACUUCAAAACGGGAGACGCUACUAUCUCCUCUAACCCUAAGUAUUUAUAACAUUUUUUUUUAAAAACAUGACAUAUAUGUUACACUACGGAAACAUGUUACCCUAGCAUUUACAGUGCAUUGGCUAUGCUAACCAUCUACUGGUAGUAAUUUAAUAAUGUCACUGAAAGACAGAAUGUUUCCCAAUAUUUGCAGUAACCAUUUUUAAAGUGCAGCUCACAUUGUCUUUUUUUUAAUGUCACAAACAUGCAAAAUAUAAUAACCGGAUCUUUUAUGUUAUAUGUUGCCUUUUUUAAACUUUGUUUUGUGAAUAAACUUGACAAACUAGCAAGACAAA